AUGGGUGCUCCUCUGCAGGUGACCUCCUUGCGGGCGCAGAUGGAGUUCCAGACUGCGGAGCUCCGGCAGACCGCAGAGCAGGUGGCUCUGAUGAAGCAAGAGUUCGAGCGGCGGGAGCGGUCCCUGCAACAGAUGCUGGACCAGGCCCGCCUGGGGCAAGAGGAGGAGCAGCGCACGUCCGAGAUGCAAUUGGCGCUGAAGCUGAAGCGGCAAGAGGACCAGGCGGAGGCGCAGGAGGCGAAGAUCCGAGCCCUGGAGGAGAGCGGCAAGCGCCAGCAGGAGCUCUACGAGCGCCAUGUGGGGCAGCUCACCGAGCAGAUGCGGAACUCGCAGGACAACUUCCGGAAGCAGUUGGAGGCGGUGCAGGCGGAGAAUGACGAGUCCCUGCAGGCCGCCAAGGGCAAGUUCGCAGAGGUGGAGCGCAGCUUGAAGUCGGAGCGCGAGCGCGUGGUGGCCGAAGUGCAGCAGGAGAGGGAGGAGCACGCCAGCAAGCUCGCCCAGGCAGAAGAGCUCAGCAGCCGGGUGGGCGGCAUGCAGAAGGAGACGGAGGAGUUGCGGAAGCAGCUGCUGGAGGCUGUACGGGUCUUGAAUCUUUGGCAUCUCUGGGCAUUUGCGGGCCCAGAGCCCACGUUUGACGAGCCGUUGGCGCAAGCACAUCAGAUGGACGUGGUUCGCAGUACGGCUCUUGCGGGCACGCGCGUUCCUACAGUGUUCGGUGGCUACUCUGUUGUUGAUUCACUCUUGGCUGCUCCCACGUAA